AAGUACAUAAUCAUCGUUGUCCACUGACGGUAGUCGAGGUCGUGGGUCGUGAUAAGUCGUCAUUGCUGUCGGUUUUCAGAAUUUUUGUAUUUAACAACUUAUCAAGAUGUCAGAGCCUCAGUGUAAAAGAAGCAAGAUGAGCAGCUCUUUGGAACAGCUGAAGGCUCUUACCACCGUUGUUGCCGAUACCGGCGAUUUUGAAGCGAUGAAAAACUACAAACCAACAGACGCUACAACGAAUCCGUCUCUCAUACUGGCGGCGUCUAAUUUAUCACAGUACAAACCUCUUGUUACAAGAGCUGUACAAUAUGGCAACAAAGUAGGACAAACACUUGAAGAAAAACUUGAAAACGCCAUGGAUCUCCUCUGUGUCCUAUUUGGAGCCGAAAUUUUGAAAAUCGUGCCAGGGCGAGUGUCGACUGAGGUUGAUGCGCGCUUAUCUUUUGACAAAGAGGCCAGUAUUGCAAAGGCACAGAAACUCAUCCAGUUGUACGCCGACCAGGGCAUAAGCAAAGACCGCGUUCUAAUUAAACUAGCGUCCACGUGGGAGGGCAUCCAAGCGGCAAAAGAGCUUGAACAAAAACAUGGUAUCCACUGUAAUUUAACUCUACUGUUUAAUUUUGCCCAAGCUGUGGCGUGUGCUGAAGCUGGAGUUACGCUAAUUUCACCAUUUGUCGGACGCAUUCUCGACUGGAACAUCGCUAACACUGAUAAGAAAUCAUACACUGGCGAUGAAGAUCCAGGAGUUAUUUCUGUCACGAAGAUUUAUAAUUAUUACAAGAAAUUUGGCUACAAGACAGUGGUUAUGGGAGCGUCGUUCAGAAAUAUUGAGGAAAUAAAGGCAUUGGCUGGAUGCGAUUUGCUCACCAUCAGCCCAAAACUUCUUGGUGAAUUGGAAGCUUCGAAUGACGCCGUUCCGAAGAAGCUUUCCGUUGAAAAUGCCACCAAGUUACAGUUGGAAAAAUUGGAAUUAACAGAAGCUACAUUCCGGUGGUUGUUGAACGAGGAUAAAAUGGCUACAGACAAGUUGUCUGACGGUAUUAGAAAUUUUGCUGCUGACAGCAUCAAAUUGGAAAAUACCAUCAGAGCACAAUUAAAGGCGUCGGCGAAAAAAUAAUGUACCUAAUAUCUAGGAGUUUGAUAAAAAACAUUCCCGUGUUUGAUAUACAUAAAUAUCUAUAUAUUGUAACAAAUUACAAUAAACAUUAAAG